AUGGCUGCCCACACAUCAGACAUUGUCAUUGUCGGCGGCGGAGUAGCCGGAUGCGCGACUGCUGUGGCAUUUGGCAGGCAGGGACGAACGGUGGUGUUGUUGGAAAGGAGUCUGGCGCAGCCCGAGGGCGUCGUGGGCGAACUGCUGCAGCCGGGGGGAGUGCGCGCCCUGAAUUCACUGGGCAUGGGAGACUGCCUGAAAAAUAUUGACGCGGUGCCAUGCCGUGGCUAUCGAGUCUCAUAUUUCAACGAAUCCGUCAAUAUUCCGUAUCCCGACGACCCUAAUGCACCAGGGGCUGCUCAUUCUAACCACGGUCGCUUCAUUCAAAACCUCCGUCAAGCAGCAACCAACGCACCAAACGUGACUGUAGUAGAGGCUAAAGCCACGGACCUGCUUCGUAAUGGAGACACGGGCAAGGUCAUCGGUGUGCUAGCUUACAGUGGCGGGGAUAGCAAGAAGGCUAUGGAGUACUACGGCAGCCUGACUAUUGUCUGCGAUGGUUAUGCCUCAACCUUUCGGAAAGGAUACCUUCCCAACAAACAUUCAAGCCAAUCGAAAUUCUGGGCUCUGGAAUUGAUCGAUGCCAAGCUCCCGGAGCCUUACUACGGACACGUGUUUCUCUCCGAUGCCCCUCCAAUCCUUGUCUAUCAGAUCAGUCCUCGCCAAACGCGAAUCUUCAUGGACGUUCCCACCGGCUUACCGAGUGCAAGUCCCGGCGCAGGUGGCAUCAAAUCCCACAUGCUUAGCGUAGUUCUACCGAGGCUUCGACCCGGCUGUCAGAACAGCUUUCGCGACGCCGUAGCCAGGGGCAAGUUCCGAAGUAUGCCCAAUUCGUUUCUUCCGCCGUCGGAACAGAAGGUUCCUGGCCUGCUGUUCCUCGGCGAUGCGUUGAACAUGAGGCAUCCGCUGACUGGCGGCGGCAUGACCGUUGCCUUCAAUGACGUGCUAUUGAUCUCCAAGCUGCUUGCUCCGGAGAUUGUGCCUUCACUGGAUGAUUCCUACGCAGUGCUUGAGCAGAUUGGUCACUUUCACUGGGCCCGCAAGCGGAGCUCCUCGCUUAUCAAUAUCCUUGCAAUGGCACUAUAUACGCUGUUUGCAGCCAAGGAUACCACGUUGGCUGCAUUGAAAACUGAGUGUUUUCGAUACUUUCAGAUUGGAGGACGGUGCAAGGAAGAGCCCUGCGGCAUGCUAGCGGGUCUGAUACGCUCGCCGGGGAUCCUUGUUUAUCAUUUCUUUGCUGUCGCAUUCUAUUCUGUUUGGCUUGUCUUGGCCGAGGCUCCCAUCUGGAAGAUACCGUACGCAGUAGUCGCGGCGACGAUGAUCAUCUGGAAGGCCUGUUGUGUCAUUGGGCCUUACUUGAUAUGGGAGCUCAUGCCCUAG